UGCACGAUGCCGGGGCUGCGGACAGAACCCUGUGGCCACACUCGCCAGGGAGCGGGGCCGGCUUUGAUUCCCAUCGCUGGUGAAGCUGCAGGAGGCGAUGCAGGCAACGUGCGUGUGGAUGUAGAGACCGCAGGCAGCGCUGUCCAUCCCGGCAAUACUCGCCCCCAGGAGCCCAAGAAAUAAUCAACCACUUUGCAACAUUUCUUCUUGAUCAAGAGAGCGACUGCGGGAAGACCAUGGCUCCUCUACGACCGUUCAUCAGGACAGCGGGAACUGCACAAGAGGGCCAGCCGUCCCUGCUUCUCUCCGGCUCUCUGGCAGCGGGAGGCAGCUUCCUGGGCUUCCUGGUCCUAGCAUUCCUCUGCAAUCAGUGCCAAAGAAACAAUAAAGAAGAGAAAUCCAGGAGGGAUGGUGUGAAGCUGGUUGGUUUGUCCGUAGGUUCCACACCACAACUUCGACCCGUUAGUCUACCUGAAGCCGGAGUUCGUGAUCCCAACAGAAUGUUCAGCAGUGGCGAUAAUGGACUGAGAAGCUGGCCGGCGAGCGUGGAUUGUCUCCGACAAUCGGGGACCGAGCUCUCAGAGGAGUUCUCCGAAAACUGCAGGGUUCCUCAGCUCAGGGAACUGCCGAAUGCUCCUGGAAGCAACUACACUGGAGGGAAGCUGGUUCAUUCGAGAAAGGUGCACGAUACGCACUUCGCCCGCCCCCAGGUCACGAAAUACACUCGUCCACAGAGCGCCGUCGAAGACUCCUUGUACGAGAGCGUUGGAUCCAAUUAUGAGCCCGUUGCCAUUGAGCGCCAGUCCAAUCACAGAUACGGGCCGAACGGACGAGAAUGGGCCGCGCCAACUCGAACACAGCAAGGUUCGAAGGAACCGGCGGCCAACAUGGACUCACCAGAGUAUGCCUCCAUUCGGAAGGCAAAGAAGAAGGAAAAUAAUCUAAAUCGGCAAGAAAAACCAUUCAGAAGAGAUAUAAAGAAUGGUUGCGUGUUGGUACCUGGGUCAAGAAUCUGUGGAGAAGAGUCAAGAAUUACGGAAAAUUAUGCCGAUUUUUCACAGGCAGAGAAUUUCAACUGGAGGAUGCAAGGCAGACAGCGAUCAAUAACCGACCCAGAUGUCAUGAAUUCAAUGGGGAGAACGGCCUGUGGGAGUCAAACGGAGGAACAAGUGUACACCAAUAAUGUCAAGGGAGAAAACAAGUUUGUCAGUAAAUCCCAUGAGAAGCUUCAUUCAAUGACUGAUGCAGAGAUUGCAGGAAUGUACUCCAAGGUGGCAAAGAAAGCCUUCAGGAAGGGGACGCCAUCACCGCUAAAUAUGGGUCAUCGCAAAGACAUUCCAAAGCUCUACUCCCGGUCGACAGGGAAUAUCAACGAAGAGGAGCCUGAUUACGAAUCGAUUAAGAGCCCACACUGGCACACUGGCAGCCAGAUCCUGGGCGAGAAACCCUGUCACACCCCGGUGAAGGAAAGGAGGUGGCCGGUGAAACUACAGGAGAAGAGCCAGGAUGAGGAAAUGGCAGAUCCGGGUUACGAAGCGAUUGAUCUGAAAUGGAAGAGAAUCGUUAUUGCAGUCGGUGCGAACAGAGCAUUGAACCGUGCCGCAGAGGGACAGACGGAAAACUAUUACGAAAGUAUCAGUGAACUGCAGCAGAGCCGUGCGUGUACAUCUGAUGGCGGCAGAGAGCACUUUAUUACAGGACUCUAGGGCGGAGAUUGGCAACCUACGGCCCAGGGGCCAGUUCCGGCCCGUAACCCAAAAUCAUCCGGCCAGCAGGCGCAUUUCUUUUCAAUUCGUUUCCGCGACCUGGGAACUGUAGCCAGUCUCGUGGCACACAGGCGAGCUGGGAACUACAGCUAGUCUCAGGACAUGCAGGCAACCUGGGAACUACAGCUAGUCUCGGGGCACGCAGGCGAGCUGGGCGCUACAACCAAUUUAUUAACUAUGGCGAUAGAUGUGGCCCGCCAUCCUCUCGCAAACAUGGGUCCUGGCCCCAAUGCAGAAAAGGUUGCCCACCCUACUUACACGCCCCGUCGACUCUACUCCGCCAUUCCAUCAUGGCUGAUCUAACUUUCCUCCUCAACCCCAUUCUCCUGCCUCCUCCCCAUAACCCCUGACACCCGGACUAGUCAAGAGUCUGUCUAUCUCCGCCUUAAAGAUAUCCACUGACUUGGCCUCCACAGCCGUCUGUGGCAAUGAAUUCCACAGAUUCACCACCCUCUGACUAAGGAAA